AAUUUGCUUGCAGUUUUGAUAAUUUGCUUGCAGUUUUGCACUAGGCAUUGAUUGCAUCUCUAGUGCCCGUCCUCCGUCCUCCGGAGCGGCUAUGGGCGAAGAGAGGGAGUUCGUGGGCGCUAGGUUGGACGCCGGCCUCCGCGCUGCCCGCUUCUCGUCGCCGCCGUCUGCCGACGAGUUUGCGGCAGAUGUCGAGCCCAAGAACGUCCCUGCGGUCUUUCGCGGCGUGGUUAAGGAGUGGGCGGCCUCCUCCCGUUGGGAUCCUCUACAUGGCGGCCUCGAUUACCUGCUGGAAAAAGUGGGACCUGACGUGGCUGUGGAAGCUAUGAUGUCAAACACUGGCCAUGUGUUCUACGGGGAUCUCAGAAGCCAUGAGAGGGUGUCUGUUUCAUUCUCCACGUUCAUUCAGUCGUGCAAGUCUUACCUGGAUCAUAUGAAUGCAGCUAGUGAUUCAUCCAAAGAGCAGGGAAUGCUUGGGGAGCCAGCUAGUUCAAGGGAGACAUGUUCGAACAGUUCAGAGAACUUGGAGCAAGUCUAUUUGGCACAGGUAUCUAUUAUGAAUGCAGAGAACAAAGAAGGAUGCUCAUUACAAGUUCUGGAAGGCGACAUCCAAGAGCCUAUAUUUCUGAGAGGAAAAUCAUUUUCGUCAAUAAACUUUUGGAUGAAUAAGGGUCACUUGAGAUCAAGUACUCAUUACGAUCCCCACCAUAACCUUCUCUGUGUGGUAUCUGGUCGCAAAAAAGUUACUUUGUGGCCUCCAUCUGCAUCCCCAUUCUUAUACCCGUUGCCUGUGUAUGGCGAGGCCUCCAACCACAGCUCUGUUAGUGUGGAGGAGCCAGAUUAUUCAAUAUAUACAAGGGCAAGAUACAUGAAGGAAUAUUCUGAAACAGUAAUUCUAAACUGCAGCGAUGUUGUUUUCAUACCAGAAGGCUGGUAUCACCAAGUUGACAGUGACGACUUAACAAUAGCAGUUAACUUUUGGUGGAAGUCAAGAAUAAUGACUCAAAUGUUAGAACAUAUGGAUGCCUACUAUCUACGCCGAAUUAUGAGCAGAUUGGUGGACCAGGAGAUGAGCAUAAUGGCGCAGAAGAGUCCUUUUGGUCAUUUGAAAGAUUGCACGGAUAUUCAGCAUAUGGCCAAAACAUUGACAGGUUUCCAGCUAUUCAAUUUGCAAAAAGAUUCACCACUACGAACUCUGGAACCCUCCACUCUGCAAGCACUCUAUGAACUCAUCUCACUGGUCCAUGAUGGUGCUGAAGCGGUUAGCCAAAUGGACAAAAUAGAAGCCACAUCCCAGAAUAAAUCCUCCAACCAAAGAGAUGACACAGAUACGAGUGCUGCUGCAGACGAUUCAUCCCUCUUGGACAAAGAUCCUGUUGCAAAAAUCAUUUUGCCAGUUGAACCACUUGAAUUGCGGACUAUGCUGCUUGCAAUGGUGCAUACUUUCCCAAGGACGUUAGAAAAUUUGAUUCUCAACAUGCUUGGGGUAGGAGCAGAGAUACUGACUAGGAAGUUUGAUGAGAUGGAUCAACAAACAACAAAAGAAGAACAGUCUGAGUUCUACAAGAUAUUCUAUAGCGUGUUUGACGACCAGUACGCUGCAAUGGAUGCGCUUCUGAACGGGAAGGAAUUGUUUUCUUUUCAGAUAUUCCAGAAUGUCCUGGACAAGUAUCUCGGGGUGCAUGUUGACCGACCCAGCAGAUUUGUUACUCGUACAAACCAAUGAAAUGGAGCGCCUCUACCCUCUAGUAUACAAAACCUGAAUCGGCUUGUUGAGCCAAGCCAAUGAAGAACGUAUUAUGCUGAUUACUGAUGUUUGAGCGUCUCGAUAGAUAAUGUGUUUUUAUUGGCUUGCAACCAUAUUUUAGGGAUUUUUUUUGGACGAAGGCGGCAGUAACUGAGAGCGGUGCGCAUAUGUGAGAUGCGUGACUGCUCUUGAAUGCGAUGAUUACAAACGAAAAUUACCGUUACGCCUCGUUUGGAUUCAUGGAAUCGAAUUUCAUUCUAAUAAUAUUAAUUCUAACGAUAUUAAUUUAGGC